AUGGCGGGGCUGGAGCUGGUGUCGGACGCGGGGUUCCGGGCCGAUGGGCGCCGGCCGGACGAGCUGCGCAAGGUGCGGGCCCGGCUCGGGGUCCUGGCGAGGGCCGACGGCUCGGCCUACCUGGAGCAGGGCAACACCAAAGUGCUGGCGGCCGUGUACGGCCCGCACGAGGUGAGCGGGGUGCUGCAGGCAGACGGGGCCCGUGGGCUCUAUGGGAUUUUGGGGAUAUUUUGGGUGCUGCAGGCAGACGGGGGCGAGCUGGGGGCCACCGUGAGCGCGGCCGGGCUGGCCCUGCUGGACGCCGGCGUUGCCCUGCGGGGGGCAGUGGUGGCCGGAUCGGCCGGGCUGGCCGAGCCCCAGGCCGGGCCCCCGCUGGCCCUGAGCGACCUGAGCGCGGCCGAGGAGGCGGCCGGCGGCCCCAGGCUGGUGGUGGCCACGGUGGCCGGUGGCGAGCAGCUGGCCCUGUGCCAGCUCAGCGCCCGCCUGCACCACGACAGGCUGGGCACCGUGCUGGACGCUGCCCGGGCCGCGUGCCACGGCCUGAGGGCCGUGCUGGACAGCGUGGUGAGGGCCAGGCUGCGCCAGGACACGGCCAUGGAGCAAUGA